GCGGCGGCGGCGGUGUUCUCUCGAUCUUUACCGUCCAUUCCCCCCGCGCCUUCCCGGCGUCAUCAUGAGUGUGGUGGAGCACGUACGAGAGAUGGCAGCCGCUGGGCUCCACUCUAACGUGCGGCUCCUCAGCGGGCUGCUUCUCACGAUGAGCGGGAAUAACCCGGAGCUCUUUUCACCGUCUCAGAAAUACCAGCUCCUUGUAUAUCAUGCAGACUCUCUCUUCCAUGAUAAAGAAUACAGAAAUGCUGUAAGUAAGUAUACAAUGGCCUUGCAGCAGAAAAAAGCAUUAAGUAAAACUUCGAAAGUAAGGCCUUCUACUGGGAAUGCUACAUCAACUCCUCAGAGCCAGUGCUUGCCAUCUGAAAUUGAAGUGAAAUAUAAAAUGGCUGAAUGUUAUACAAUGCUGAAGCAAGAUAAAGAUGCCAUUGCUAUUCUUGAUGGGAUUCCUUCCAGACAGAGGACCCCAAAGAUCAAUAUGAUGUUGGCAAAUCUAUACAAGAAAGCAGGUCAAGAACGCUCAUCUGUUACGAGCUACAAAGAAGUACUAAGGCAGUGUCCUUUAGCACUUGAUGCCAUACUAGGCUUGCUCUCGCUGUCAGUGAAAGGGGCAGAAGUGGCCUCUAUGACAAUCAACAUAAUUCAGAGUAUUCCUAACCUGGACUGGCUUUCUGUGUGGAUCAAGGCAUAUGCUUUUGUGCAUACUGGAGAUAACACAAGAGCAAUAAAUACUAUUUGCUCUUUAGAGAAAAAGUCAUUGCUGAGGGAUAAUGUAGAUUUACUGGGGAGCUUAGCAGACCUGUAUUUCAGAGCUGGAGAUAAUAAAAACUCUAUUCUGAAGUUUGAACAAGCACAAAUGCUGGAUCCUUAUCUCAUAAAAGGAAUGGAUGUGUAUGGUUAUUUAUUGGCACGUGAAGGUCGACUAGAGGAUGUGGAGAACUUGGGCUGCCGCCUCUUCAAUAUUUCUGAUCAACAUGCAGAACCCUGGGUGGUAUCUGGGUGUCACAGUUUCUACAGUAAACGAUACUCUCGUGCCUUAUACUUAGGAGCCAAAGCUAUCCAGCUUAAUAGCAACAGCGUUCAGGCCCUGCUGCUGAAGGGAGCAGCUCUCAGGAACAUGGGCCGAGUGCAGGAGGCAAUUAUCCACUUCCGUGAAGCCAUACGGCUGGCACCGUGCAGGCUGGAUUGCUAUGAGGGUCUCAUCGAAUGUUACUUGGCAUCCAACAGUAUCCGUGAAGCCAUGGUGAUGGCAAAUAAUGUCUAUAAAACUCUGGGAGCCAAUGCACAGACCCUCACCCUGUUGGCAACAGUCUGUCUGGAAGACCCUGUCACACAGGAGAAAGCAAAGACAUUACUGGACAAAGCGUUAACGCAAAGACCCGAUUACAUUAAAGCUGUGGUGAAGAAAGCAGAACUGCUCAGUAGAGAGCAGAAGUAUGAGGAUGGAAUCGCUCUGCUGAGGAAUGCCCUGGCUAACCAGAGUGACUGUGUUCUGCACCGAAUACUGGGAGACUUUCUUGUGGCUGUCAAUGAAUAUCAGGAAGCAAUGGACCAGUACAGUAUUGCCCUGAGUUUGGAUCCAAAUGACCAGAAGUCACUAGAAGGAAUGCAGAAAAUGGAAAAAGAGGAAAGUCCAACAGAUGCAACCCAGGAAGAAGAUGUGGAUGAUAUGGAGGGAAGUGGAGAAGAAGGGGACUUGGAAGGCAGUGACAGUGAGGCAGCUCAGUGGGCAGAUCAAGAGCAGUGGUUUGGAAUGCAGUAAUGGCCUCACAUCCUGCUGCGUGUUUUGGCACUGGAACAUACCAGCAGGGCCAUGCUUUGAAGAACAUAAACUAUGGGGUUUGCAGUAAUAAAGAACUUUUUUUUUGGUCUUUUUUUUUAAUUAUUAUUUGAAUAAAUAGACUGAAAUAAUUUAACAGUUCUACACAUCUCAAUGCCAUUAAGAAUCUUGAUGCCUCUUGUUAAGUGUGAGGGACUAACCUUAGGUUAUUUGCAACUUUCAUUUAAAAAAAAAAAUCCAUGUUGAAACUAAAAGCAUUAGAGUCUGAAGUCAUAAAGCUUGUUUAGUAUGAAAACAAUGCCUGAAUUCUGUCUAGGGCCAGGUGUGUGUGAUCAACCUGUAAAUACAGUGGUUUGUACUCCUUCAUGGAGAGUAUUUCCUCCCUCCGUACUCACUUGUGGGCUCCCGCUCCUGGUGAAGCCUGGAGGGGUUGCUUCGGUAUGACUGAAAGCAGCACUCUUCUCUUGCUGGGUUACUUGGGUUAUUUUGUCUUUUUCUGAGGCAUCACAUGCACUGAAAAGGAGGAGUUUGGUCCAUGGCAGCUUUGACUUCUAGGUCACUUCUGUGGCUGACCAGUUUCUGUGUGUACAGAAUUGAGCCACUGUUGGAGAAUUGCAGUCACUUUCUCAGUCCUUACUAAACCCUGUAAUCUCUUAAAGUCUGUACAUGAAUGUUUAUUUUUAAAUGCAGUUCAUUUUUUUCCCAGUGUGUUACUAAAAGGUUUCACAGCAGUGACUCAGAGCAUUUCUCAUUCUCUACACAGUGCUGGCGUUUAAAACGACAUAAAAGGAAUUCCUCCCUUUUCAGCUGCAUUGCUGUAGAAGUGUUAAAUAUGCAAACACACAUUGUCUUGGGUUUGGUCAGGUGUUUUGGUCAGGUAAUGUUUGGAUGAAUGUGUUUUCUCUCACCUUUUGAAACAGAAUUGCAUUUGCUUCACCUACAAAUUCUCAGCAUCACCGUUCCAAGGGUGAGCUUCUUUGUGUCAUCUAGAAACUGUUUCAGCUCUGUGGGCUUGAUGUGUGGGAGGAGGAAUUACUUCUUGCUCUUAUUUUUCUUACAGUUCUGAUUUCCUUACUCUUCACUAAAAACAUGCAUUUUUGUCUUUAUAUUGGCAGUUUGGUUCCUUUUAUGUUUGUUCUGUUACCACAGGUAUGCUGGAGCACACAGACUUUUUACAAAUCUAAAGACCAGUUUCGAGUAUCGGAGUUAAAAAUGGCUCUUUGGUACAAAUACAUGACAUGGGAAACAAGCUUCCUUCUAGCUGUAGAUACAUAAUGCAGAUAAGAGCAAAAUCUCUCUCCCUUGUGAUGUGCACUGUAUCACUUAGGAAAAUGCACAACAAAAGGAACAGGCAGAUUACUGCUGUUAUUGUCUAUUUUGGAAAUAUUUUAGUGUGUCACAUCUUGCAAAGGAGAAGUCUUAAUAGCUUAUCCAUAAAACAAACGAAAAAGGAAACGGAUAUCUGUUCUCUCUGGAAUUUUGUGGGCUUUAGACUUUCCAAAAUACCAAAUUGAAUUAUGGUUAUUUGAGGGCUGUAUGGGAAGAACAGAAAAGCAUGUGCUGCUGUCUUGGUGAUGGAACUGGCAUAAGCUGUUGAUGCUUCUUCAUUAAACAAACACCCCAAAUGGCUGCCUUUCAGCUAGAGCAAACAUCUUGUUAAUUGCAUUCUGGUGGGUGGGAGCCCUGAUCCUGUUCUGUGAAGAAUCUGUUGAUACCACGGCUGCGUGAUGCGGUGAAUAGAUUUCAGCUCGUUGCAUGUCUUCUGCAACAAGGAAAUGCACAAGUACAGCAAAUUCAAGGCAUCUCUUUGUGCACUCAAACGUUCAUCAGAAUGUUCUGCAUCUGAAUCCUGGGGGAGCUCCCUUGGCUUUAGAGUUGUAUUCCCAGCCUCUGUUGUGGGUGAAGGAAUGGAGUUCUUGAUGUUAGUA